CUAAAAAAUAGAGAGAUCUUUUGAUAGUCUCACUUCUAUCAAUGCAAUGAAAGAACUAUCCCUUCCUAUUUGUUUGUCCUAAUGAGACAAAGAAGAGCCUCCUUCUUUACCACUUUAGGGGAUGGGGGUGAAGGGGGGUUUACAUACAACCGGGACAAAGUGGUUUAUGAUUGAAUCUCAGAGGCAUUCUUAUCAUUUGGUAGAUCCAAGUCCAUGGCCUAUUUCGGGUUCACUCGGAGCUUUGGCAACCACUGUAGGAGGUGUGAUGUACAUGCACUCAUUUCAAGGGGGUGCAACACUUCUCAGUUUGGGCCUAAUAUUUCUCCUUUAUACCAUGUUCGUAUGGUGGCGGGAUGUUCUACGUGAAUCCACGUUGGAAGGGCAUCAUACAAAAGCUGUACAAUUAGGACCUCGAUAUGGUUCUAUUCUCUUCAUAGUCUCGGAGGUUAUGUUCCUUUUUGCUUUUUUUUGGGCUUCUUCUCAUUCUUCUUUGGCACCUACGGUAGAGAUCGGAGGUAUUUGGCCCCCAAAAGGGAUUGGGGUCUUAGAUCCUUGGGAAAUCCCUCUUCUUAAUACCCCUAUUCUCCCUUCAUCCGGAGCAGCCGUAACUUGGGCUCAUCAUGCUAUACUCGCGGGGAAGGAAAAACGAGCAGUUUACGCUUUAGUAGCAACCGUUUCACUGGCUCUAGUAUCCACUGGCUUUCAAGGAAUGGAAUAUUACCAAGCACCCUCCACUAUUUCGGAUAGUAUUUAUGGUUCUACCUUUUUCUUAGCAACUGGCUUUCAUGGUUUUCAUGUGAUUAUAGGUACUCUUUUCUUGAUCGUAUGUGGUAUUCGCCAAUAUCUUGGUCAUCUGACCAAGAAGCAUCACGUUGGCUUUGAAGCAGCAGCAUGGUACUGGCAUUUUGUAGACGUGGUUCGGUUAUUCCCAUUUGUCUCUAUCUAUUGGUGGGGAGGUAUAUGAAAGAAGGGAACGAAUAAGUGGAUUGAGGAAUGAAAGCUCGAAGACAAAGAGAACUGGGUUGCUUUAAUAGAAUGGAAUCCUAUUUAAUAUUAGCAAUUCACAUAUAAUCUUAAAUAACGAUCAUCCCGCUUCCUUCCUCUGUGUGCAAAACGAAGCUGCCGUAGGUAGUUGUGUUAUUAUGGAAUUGUGUUUUGAUUCCUAGUUUAAAAAAUAAACGUUGUAAGGUAACGUUUCUCGCCGGUUUUGGUAGUAGUUGUUGUUGGUUAUAAACGUUAGUUGUUGUGAAGCAUAUGAGAAUAUGCCUGGUUUUGGGUAAUAUCUUAAGAGGUGCAACGUUCUCCGUGGGUGUUGGUACGAGUGUGGUUUUUCACAGGUCCGGAGACAAGAAAAGAGCCGAAUUAGUGUAGGAAUGGAGAUUUCUACUUUCCGUAGUUGGGUUCGAACCUGAAGAUGGUUUUGUGGUGUCUGCUUCGUCUCUAGAUUAUGCUUCGUCUCCAGAAUCCCUAGACGCAUCGAUUGUUCGUGGUAUGCUUGGGCUGGUCACACGGCUCCGGUGCAUCGGGCCACUCUCAAUUGUUUGGUUCCGAAAAAACUAGGGCUCUUCUCGUAUGAGCAGGCUUAUCAACCACUCAGAAUAGGGAGCUUCCAGCGGGAAGUCCAGCUUUGGGACGUUGCCCCUCGGAUGAAAAUCGAUCUCGUGGAGACGGGCUUGACAAAAGUAAGUUAGCAAGCGGGUGUUCCAUAAAA